CUCUCAUCCAGUCUUAUCCAAUCAAAACUCUCAACAUUCUUCUGAGAGAGACCAAACCCAAAAUCCAAAAUCAUAAACUCUAAAAAUAAAAAUCAAAUCUAAAUCCUUCUGAUAAAUCAAUACCUGAGAAGAUGGCGUCGUCGAAGGUGAUGACGACCACGUCAACCUCAACGACCAAUCCGGAUCUGCCAUGUCAGCAGUCUCCCUUAUGUCCAUCUCUCUCCUCUUUACUCGCCGAUCUUCAAAACCAGCAAGACAAUCCUCCCGAUCCAUCUCUCCCCAACGCCAUGGACGAUCUUCUCAAAAACAUUUACUCCGCUCCCACGGCCGAUCAGCUCGUUCUCUCUGGCGCGUCCUUCUCACGCGAGGGCAGCUUCAGUAUUUCCAAAGACAUGGCCAACAAAUCCGUCGAGGAGGUCUGGAAGGAGAUGGUGGCCGGCGGCGGCACUGAUGAGAGGAGCGUCGGGUCACGUGACGAGGAGAUGACGCUCGAGGAUUUUUUGACCAAGGCUGGUGCUGUCAGAGAGGAGGAUCAACUUAAUUCUAAUAAUAAUAGUAAUAAUAAUAUUAAUAUUGAUAAUACGAAUGGUACUGUCAAUAACAAUAUUAACAAUAAUAUUAAUAAUAAUAGUGUUAAUAAUAAUAACAAUAAUGAUAAUAAUAAUAAUAAUAAUAAUCAGAUGGUGAUUGUUGGAAGUGGAAGAGGAAAAAGAAGAAUAGUUGAAGAGGCUCCUUUGGAUAAAGCUACACAGCAAAAGCAAAGAAGAAUGAUCAAGAAUCGUGAAUCUGCAGCGAGGUCUAGAGAGCGCAAGCAGGCUUAUACAGUUGAACUGGAGUCUCUGGUGACGCAACUGGAGGAGGAGAAUGCUCAUUUGUUGAGAGAGGAGGCUGAACAAAACAAGGAGAGGUUUAAGCAGCUGAUGGAGAAUCUCAUUCCAGUUGUCGAGAAGAGAAAACCACCUCGUGUUCUUCGGAGAGUGCAUUCGCUACACUGGUAGAGGAGCUUCAUUAUUAUCAUUAAUAAUUAGAUGGGAAAAAAAUGAAAAAAAGAUCGGUUUCUUUGGGCUGCAAUUGAAUUUAUAGCAAGAAAGUAGAGGGUACAAGAAAACGACUUUAUAUUGGUAAAAUAGAUUAACAAAUGUCAGGUUUGAUCCUCUUUUGCCAGCCAGCCAUCCUUUGAUCUUACAGAGAUGCUGAUGCAGCCGAAGACUUAAAUAAUGUGUUCUAAAUUGAAGAUGGAUAUGUAAAUCCACUGCAUAUGAACCCUGACAAAUUUGUAAUAGAUUUGCUUAAGUAGAAUACUGUAGAAAAUUACCCGAAAAAGAGAAAGAACUCUAUUAUUAGGAAGCUUUUCUUGCCUGCCAUAUGUUGCUGGGAGAAAAACUAAUUGAUCUAUACUCAAAUUUACUAAUCUUAUGGUAUGAUAUUUUCAUAUUA